CCAUGUUGUGUCGACCACUUCUCAUGGUUGUCUAUAACUGGGUUAGUCUUAUCAAUGGGGUGGUGCAUUCAAGUGGCUUUAGUUAAGUAGAGGGUCCUGGCUAAGAUAAAAGCACAUACUGAAUGUUUCCAAAAUUCCUCUAUCAAUGCAACCUUUAGACUUAUCGCUACCCCUGGUCAGCUCAAACCUCCAGUGCUGGAGAAAUCAUUUAGUCAGGAUGGGGAGGAGCAAGCUGCUUGUCAUCUUUGGUGCUCUCAGCGGCUGGCAAGGCAGAGGUGUCAGCAGAACACAGGAGCAUGAAACAUCACGGGUACCUAUUUUGUGCACUCUUGAUUCUUUAUAACAAUAUAUGACUUGAUGAUAGAUGAAGAUUUACAUUAGCCUGAGACCAUGAAUGUGUAUCAAGGAAGAUGGGAAAUGUUGUGCGUGGUGCUGUUGCCUUUGUCCCCUCAGAGAGAUGUCAACGAUAUUUAGUAGGGGAUUUGAAGGAAAUGCCUUUUGAUCGAACCCUGGACCUCAGCAGUCGUCAGUUACGUCGCUUUCCUAUCCGAGCUUCUGCAUUUAAUGAAUUAGUUAAACUUUAUCUCAGUGACAACCAUCUGAACAACCUGCCCCCAGAAUUAAGAAACCUGCAAAAGCUACAGCUCCUAGCUUUGGACUUCAACUGUUUUGAGGAGUUCCCCCUGGUUGUCUGCAGUCUCAUGCAGCUUAACAUUCUCUAUCUCGGUAAUAACCGACUUUAUGGACUUCCCAAACAGAUCAGGCAACUCACAGAGCUUAAAACAUUAUGGCUAGAGACUAACUGCUUCACCAAGUUUCCUCGAGUAGUAUGUGACCUUCCUAACAUCAAGACCCUCCACUUGGGCUACAAUCAGUUACGUAGCUUACCGCCAGAGCUCGGGCGACUGGAAGAGCUACGCAGCAUCUGGUUAGCGGGCAACUUGCUUAAUGAGUUCCCCCCUGUGCUACUGAAGAUGCAUUACCUAGAGGUGAUUGAUGUGGACCGAAACCGCAUUCAAUAUUUUCCAUCACUUGCCCAUUUAAGAGGGUUGAAGCUUGUAAUCUACGACCACAAUCCUUGUGUUAAUGCACCUGUGGUGGCUGAAGGUGUGAGACGGGUGGGCCGCUGGGCAGACAACUCUGAUGAUGAGGAAGGUGAGAGUGAAGGAAUGACUGACAAAGCAGGCAUGAAGGUGCAGGAACCACUGGAAGAGAAUAAAUGAAGAUUCGGAAGAUGCUAGUGAGAAAACAAAGCCUGAAAAGCAACAGAUGUUAUACUAUGGUGUAUUGAGAGCACCUGUUAUUUUUUAAUACUGCAGACUGGUCAAGGUGUUUGUGAAAAUGACCUUGCUAAUAAAGUAAUAAUAAUUGCUCUACAAAAGUAUAGUUUUACUACAAAAUGGUGCUAAAUAGCACUAAAAGUGGUUCAUUGGCUCGUAAACAUAGGGGAACCAUUUUUAGUGCUAAACAACACCUAUGUGGAACCUGUGUAGAACCAUACUG